CUGCCGUGCUGCAUACACAAGAAAUCCGUCUCGGCGCUAUCGACACACCAACCCAACGAAAACAUGCGCAGAACCCACUUUACAUAGUACUUUUCGCGACGCGCAGCCAGGCAGCUACUCAGCUACUUCUUGCCAUAUCCGAUCAGAUUCCGUGCCGGGUGGAAAGUCAACUUGCUCCUCCUUGCGUGUUGCGCUGUGUUGUCCCUUCGUGAGCAAUAGCUUUUUUGACAGCGACGAUUCGUCACUCUUGUCAGUGGGUGAUUGUCGAGUUUUCGUUUUAAAAAUUCUGCCCCCGCGACCGCCAGUGAAAAUGUUGGAGAAUUCAUCAUGAAAUUGUGAUGUGUGCAGUUGCUUUCUGUCGAGUCCGAGGCAUAGCGCAUAUGAAAAACGAUCAGAAAACACGAAAAGUGUCACCGACUCUUGCGAGUUUGUAGGACUUGUCGCGGACAUUAGCCCGGAUAGUCUUCCAUUUUUGUGUAAAUGGCAAGUGGUUGAAUGUUGUUUUAGCUUUUGUUAUGGAGUCGCGGUGCGUGUGAGUGGCACCAGUCGAACGUCGGGGGCAAUUGGAAAUGUAGAUUUCAAUAGUGGUCGCCGUGCAAUUUUCGGACAAGGUUUGGCUGACAGUUCAUGUUGGUCGCUGGUGCGUUUCCCCCUCCGAACCUGUCUCGAGGACAAUUCGAUAUUGAACGAGUUUGACAUUGUUGUCGUCAUUUCGUUUUUCUCAAACUUCUGUGUUUAGUUUUUGUGUUUUUCGGGCGUCGGGACUGACCGUGUUUGUCUGAAGUUUGUUACACGGAUCGCGUGUUUGGUGUUGCGCUCGCGUCGGGGGCGCCCUUCCGCCAGCACGGGCACCGCUGCGAUCGUUGUUGGUCGAUCUAAGAUGAUGGCCAGCGCCUUAAUAGAAAAGCUAAAAUGUGAAAUUUAGUGCGUGAAGCUCGUGUCGGUGAGCGCAUUGUAUUGAUUGCAGUGGAUUUGUUCGAAUGCUUAUCCUGUUCCUUGCAGGCGGGGUGCUCCCAGUGCCGCAAACCAUCUGUGCAAGCCUUAGACUCUGUGCUCGCUAAAAGUCUGUGAAGAGAUUUGUGCAUCCUUUUAUCAGCUUGGACCUCAGUGCGACCGGAAAUGGAGACAGUUUCCGUAAAGGCACAGUUUUUUAUUCAUCACUAACCCGGCAGCACGAAAAUCUACUAAUUCGGAACUGAAAAACUCCGCCCAUCAAUAAAAAAAGGGUGGAAUCUAAACUUCACCCAGGACUACUCUGUUUCUAAUGCGCUAAUACAAAAUGGACGUAGAAAGUAAUCUUCGAACUAACGUCAGUGAUAAAAAUCCGGUACAAGAUGGUCGAGGGUGUGGUCAUCGAAAACAGAGGAAUGUCCAAUAAGACAACUAAUAUCCGUAACUUCUAAUCAACUGAUCAAAACUGUAAGCAAACUUUUAUACAACUGGAGAAGAGUUGACAACAGUAAUACAUUCACAAUUCCAAAGAUUCAGCUCCAAUCUAUAGACACAAAAUGAGUAGUGGUGAAACACCAACGACAAAAUCCUCGUUAUCAUCGGCGAGUGCUGCAUCGAAACCUCGGUGCGUGUCACCCUUAGGUUCGGCCACACCUAGUUCAGCAGAGUCAUUAUCUUAUACACAAAAUUUCACACCGAUAUCACGUGCUCCUCGGCCACAAUCUGUGUAUUCGGCACGCGUUUUAUUUUUUGAUGAGCCUGGAAAGUCGAAUUCUGCUAACUCUUCAGCCUCAUCAUCAGCAAAUGCAUCAAAUAUUAGUAGCAAUAAUACUGGGACGUUCAGUACAAAUAUAAUGGCUUCUUUGCGCAAUAACUCGGGCAAAUCGCUGACCAAUACAUCAGCUUCUAGUAUUGGGGCAUGCAGCACUUCUGGUGGACGAAACUCUUCCGGUCACAUUUCAAUGCCGAAUUCAACUAGUCUUGGAGCGAAUAUUGCUGGCGCCUCUAGUAGCAACGUUCACUAUAAACCCUCAUAUCAUCACUCUUAUUCAUUGCGAUCAACGGCAAAUGAUGUUUCCAAUUUGGUUCGUGUUCGCUCUUCGAUGCUAGGGAAGUCUGCACCUUCACUUUCCUACACAGCCAAAGACUAUGGAUCCAGUAACGCCAAUGUUAUCGCGCGCAAACCAUACAACCCUGCGAUUCGUUCAAACGUAGGUGGAUGCGUUGCUGGAAAUGGUAGUGUUUGCGGAGCAGGUGGGGUGGCUCAUCAUAGGCUCAGUUUGGUAACUGGCAUUGGUAACACAUCACCUCGUUCGCAUUCACCUAUCUCUGCCAGUCCAAUUGAUAGUCCACGGAUCAAUUCGCCUAGCAUGCACUUUCCCUUCAUGCCUAUUAAACGUAUUCCUAACUGCCGAGGUGACGGCCGUCGAUGGUCGGUAGCUUCAUUACCAUCCUCUGGUUAUGGGACUACUCCUGGUAGCUCUAAUCUGUCGUCGCAAUGUUCAAGUCAAGAGCGGCUACAUCAGCUACCCCAUGCCCCGACCAACGAUGAGCUCCGGGUAUAUACACGGCACUUUUCGAGUAACGAUAGCAAUUCAGGGGCUGUGGAGCCCCAGGGUCAGCACCGGCAACCUUGUCUGCAUCACUGUCAUCACCAUCAUCAAUCGUCGCAGCAACAACAGCAAUGUCAACAGCAGCAGCAUCCCCAUGCGCCGGGGCCAUUGACCCAUUCGGCAAGCGUUGGUGCAGCCAUGCCUCAGCACCAGCAACUCGCUGGUGUAUCGAAAAAUCCUACUCCUACACCGCAUAGUAGCUCACAAAACAUAUGCUCGAAUAACUCCAGCAGUGGCCGAGGUCGGGAUGAGUCUGACGGCAGUUCUGGUGGUGGGGGCAGCCUGGGUGGUAGCGACAACAGUGGUGGCCAUCGUUCACCGUUCCAUCGGCCGCGCUCACGGAGUCUUUCUAGUCCUAAUCGGUCGCCAAUAAUGGACAGUGAGAUUGCAGUAAUGAACACUCUCUACAAAGAACGCUUCCCGAAAGCGACACAGCAAAUGGAGGAGCGCCUGAAGCAUUUCAUUAGCGAAAAUAAGGGUGCGGCCUGCGGUAGCUUUCGUGAUUCUCAGCCAAUAGUACGGUUUGUACAUCAUCAAGUCCUUGAAAUGGCCCGCGACUGUUUACACAAAUCUCAUGCUAAGUUGAUAACUAGUCGUUAUUUCUAUGAAAUGAGCGAAAAUCUGGAAAGGCUUCUAUCCGAAACAAAAGAGAAGUCCCCAGAAGCGGCAGCUGAGUUAACUGGUGUAAUCAAAAAACUUUUGUUGAUAAUAUCGCGGCCUGCCCGACUCCUUGAAUGUCUCGAAUUCGAUCCUGAAGAAUUCUAUCACUUGCUCGAAGCGGCCGAGGGUCAAGCUAAAUACUUGCAGGGCAUUAAAGCCGACAUACCGCAAUAUAUAAUCCACAAACUUGGUUUGAAUCGUGAUCCCAUCGCCGAACUACAACAGGAAUUGCAGGAUACUCAUAUUUCGUGGGACCAGCAACAAGAACAACAAGAUAUAGAUCUGAAUGAGAGUGGUAGCAUGCAAAUUGGCUCUGGAAGUUCAGCAGCACCUCUAAAUAACUCGCUCGCCAGUUUAGACACUUCUAUCACUGGCGAACUUGAAAGGGAGGCAAGUGUUGAUGACCAGCACGAUAUUCAAUGUUCGAUGAGUUCAGGGAAUGGGAAAUCGUCGUCCCCGGCAAAUAUAGCAGCGGGUGGAGUGCUCAAGAAGAUCACUCCUACGCCAAUUCCCCAAGUACCCGGUGAGAGUGAUUUCGAUAUUAUUAAACUGAUCUCGAACGGAGCGUAUGGUGCGGUAUAUCUAGUUAAGCACAAGCAGACUCGCCAACGUUUCGCCAUGAAAAAAAUUAAUAAGAAUAAUCUCAUACUGCGCAAUCAGGUGGAGCAAGUAUUUGCCGAACGAGAUAUACUUAGUUUCGCCGAUAAUCCUUUUGUUGUAAGCAUGUAUUGUAGUUUUGAAACGAAAAAACAUCUUUGCUUGGUGAUGGAGUAUGUUGAGGGAGGCGAUUGUGCUACGCUGCUGAAAACUAUUGGGCCCCUUCCACCGGACAUGGCUCGUUUUUAUUUCGCCGAAACUGUUUUAGCGGUUGAAUAUCUACAUAGCUACGGCAUCGUCCAUCGUGAUCUUAAGCCUGACAAUCUGCUAAUAACCGCUCUCGGUCAUAUAAAACUAACUGACUUUGGGCUAUCGAAAAUGGGACUCAUGUCCCUCGCUACUAAUCUUUAUGAAGGGUACAUAGACAGUGAAACUAGACAAUUUUCAGAUAAACAAGUAUACGGCACACCAGAGUAUAUUGCGCCCGAAGUGAUUCUAAGGCAAGGUUACGGUAAACCAGUAGAUUGGUGGUCAAUGGGCAUUAUUUUAUAUGAAUUUUUAAUUGGUUGUGUACCGUUCUUUGGCGAGACUCCCGAAGAAUUAUUCGCUCAUACAGUUAACGAUGAUAUUGAGUGGCCGGACAGCGAUGAUUGGGACGUUCAACCGGAAUCCAAGGAUCUUAUAACGCAACUUUUGCAACAGAAUCCGCGUGAUCGAUUGGGGACUGGGGGAGCACACGAAGUUAAAGAACAUGUUUACUUUAAAGGGCUCGAUUGGAAUUCAUUGCUGCGGCAAAAGGCUGAGUUUGUUCCGCAACUUUCUAAUGAGGAUGAUACCAGUUACUUUGAUUCUCGAAUGGAUCGCUAUAACCACGACCUUGGGGGAGAAGACACUGACGAUACGGAUGAUACGCCAGUUUUUGGUUCCUUUAGUUCCUAUUCGCCACAGUAUAGGAAACAUAACUAUUCCUGGUCCAGAUUAGCAACAACUAAUCCAUCCGAUGACAGCACUAGUGUCGAUUACAACAAGGUUCUGACUACACCUGAGCUUCGCAAGCUAGAUACUUCACACAGUUUGAAAUUACCGUCCACCCCGGACACUGAGUAUCUACCGGAAUUAUUGAAUACUCCCGAUCGCGAAGAAAUGAAAUCUCUCCAGCAGUAUCUGAAACAGCAAGCGCUGCAGUCAUCGUCACUGCCAAUUGGCAGCUCUCCGCUAGCUUCAGUUAGUCAGCAAGCGGAUUCUAAGUCAGCUGGCGAAGGUCAUCCAGUCGAUAGCAAUCAGAGUCAGUCACAAUCAAUGACUUCUUCAACAUCAAAUAGUAAGACGGCGACCUCGCAACUGCCUCCGGUAGCUACACAUUCGCCAUUAGGCGCGAAUGUAGCCAAGUCUAGUGAUUCUUCGAAGCAAGUUCGAUCACAAAUUGCAGCUUCUUCUCACGUCCCAGAGAGCAGAAAACUCAUUGAUAUGCAUCAAAUCUCAUCUGUUGCGUGCCGCAAAACAACAUUAAGCACACCGGAAUCAUCACAGACGGACAGUGAUGAUGUUUCGCCUCAGAUACAACGCAAACGUAAAUCACAUGCACGCGAAAUACUACCAAGAUUCUCAAUUUCUAUUGAGGAUGAACAAAGUGGUACAUCCUCCUCGGAGAAUACUCGGGAUCAAUCGCCUGGUAGCAGUGGAAUUAGCGGUAAUCCUCUGUAUGACGGCAAACAUAGGCAACGUUCGGUAGUGAAGAGCGCGUCGGCUUUGGGGCUUUCUCUUAUGAUUUCACCAGAGGUGACUCAACUGUCUGGCGUCCUUCCUGCCGAGAACGCGGGCAACCUGCAAUCACCGGCGAGUAUGACAGGCGCUACUGGUUCAGGCACCGGAGGAGGUGGCGGGGGAUCUAGCACGGCCAGUUCGCGUGAUACAUCACCUUGUCGCGAGUUAUCGCCAUUAGUUACGAAUCUCAAGCCCCCGAUAAUUAUUCGCCGUGGCCCACGCGGAUUUGGCUUCACAGUUCAUACAAUACGGGUAUAUUACGGUGAUACUGAUUUCUAUACGAUGCACCACUUGGUGAUGGCUGUUGAUGAAGGUAGUCCAGCAUUCGAAGCCGGUUUACGCCCGGCGGACCUUAUCACACAUGUCAAUGGUGAUGCUGUACAGGGUUUGUAUCAUACGCAAGUAUUGCAGCUACUUUUAAGCGGAGGCGAGCAUGUAACGUUGCGCGCCACACCGCUUGAACAUACAAGUAUUCAAAGUGGCGGGCGGAAACGAGAACUGUGGCAGAGCAAGCUGGCCAAGAAAGGUGUAAAUCGUCAGAGGAAGCAGAAAAAAGACAAUGAUAAGAAACGGAAAACUUCACUCUUCAGGCGUAUAAGCAGUAAAAGGGCGUCGGCUGAAAUACAGCAGAUUGCUGCUGGUAUCACGUCCCCAACAAUGGUUACGCCAUCACGAUCUUUCCAAUCUUUCGGGAGAAAUGUGUGUGAACCGUCUCCAUCGAUUAAUCGAUUGAGCCUUUCGCCACUGGAUUCAUUUUGUCAUCAACAAUCGGCUUCAAAUUCGUCUCAGUCUAGUUCCCCAUCGUCAUCCGUUCCGAAUACUCCCACAGGUGCGGGGGCCAGCCCUGCCGGUGCAUCUCAAUUGUAUCAACGUCCAUCAACCCUGCACGGUCUAAAGCAUAAAUUGCAUACAGGUGCGUGUAGCGGUAGUAAAACAAUUCAUUCAACUGCGGCGAUUCCAAAUCGACGAAAGUCUGUCGGGCACAUCCCUCUUUCUCCACUCGCUCGUACACCGUCUCCAUCGCCAUUGCCAUCUUCUCCGACACGCUCACCGUCUCCACUUGCAUUUCCUGUAGUUGGGCAUCAGCCUGGUUCUUCCAAUACUACUCAGUCUUACAGCCCAGGGAGUGGAGUGCCGACUGCAAGUCCUGUUACUGCUGUGGUGGGACCAUGCAGUGGGAAUCCCCCGAAAAAGGGUUUUGCUCGACCAAAAAGCGCUGAACCAAGCUCCCCAUUAUUGCGUCGGGCACUUUCGCCCGAUCGCUUGCAUCCUCGCAGUGCAGAGAGUAAAUGUUCAUUGAUUUCACCACUUUGCUGUCAACCACCAAUUAAAAAUCAGCGACCAGUUUCGGUUACUUGGCGUGGUGCACCUGGUUCAGGUCUUAACCCCGCUGCCAGUGCAGUAGGUCCUCCCGGGACGAUUGUGCCAACUACUCAACAACCACUACAACAGCAAGGAUCGCAGAGUGUUCCGUCACUUAGUUCGUCAGUGGAUAAAUCUGGGAAAAGUACGUCCGUUGUUCAUUCCAAUGAAAAUCAACCUCCUGAACAGUCUGAUCAACAGCAAUCUGGUCAACAGACACAAUCAACGGUUUUGUCGUUGACUUUCCAACCGCCUGGUGAACUUCUGCCACGCAUUGCCGAGGAGAAGGACUCUCCUACAAAUUCUAGUCAUGAGAAUGUAGUUUCCAUUACAAACCGAGACGAUAACAGUCAAAUUGCUAGCAUUAAUGCUGAUGAAUGUAAACAAAAACCGCAGCAAGCCAUAGCUGAGUCGGAUGCUGCUGUUGGUACGAUUCAGCAGCAGAUUCUUGUUGAGGUUGAGAGGAAGCAUUCACCACGCAGGGUUACCACUGCUGCCGAGCGUGGUACUGGAAAGAGUAACGAAAUGGGAAAGGAUAAGAGCGAUGCAUCUCAUAUUGGUAGCAGUAAUGCUGGAAGUAACAAUGGCAAUGAAGCCAAUGGGAAAUUAACACGAAAUACGAGUGGACGGAAAAGUGGUGCUGGCGGAAGCUCAAAGGGCUCCAAGAAACAUAUCCGAGAGAAAGAGUGACUCAAACUUUAUUCCUCAUGAUUAUGCGUGAAAGUAGUUUUUCAACCCCGCUUCCCUUCCCGUUCCUAUUGCGCUAUCUUGGAAUUUUAUAUGUGCAAAGGUUUUGAAGAAAAACCUAAUUGCGAUGAGUGAGGGCGAUGAUUUCGAUAUUGUACUUGGGAACGGUUUGGUUUAACCUUUUGAACUGAAUCAGAAGAGGAGAUUAUUAGAAAAAUAUUUUCUAGCCGAGACCGCGGUGAGUGCUAGUUCGUUAACUUUGUCAGUUUUGUUUUUUUUUUCUGAGUUCUGUAUUCCCAAUUUAUUGUAGUUCUUUCCCGAUUGCUUACGCUAUCGUCCCUACUUUUUCCGUCACAGUAGCUCCAUGAUUGGAUUCGAUUGGCUCCCGCCGAUGGCUAAUUUUCUAUUGUAUUUUGUUCAUGUUGUAAUACAAUAUUAUUUCGUUUUAAUUUAUUAUUCAAUUCUUUUAAUUGCUUUGCAAUACACCCCUCUCUUGAAAGUAGAAACCUUCGUGUGUUGUUGAUGCCCGCGAAACCUUCAGGGAGUAUUGGGAAAAUUUAUCUGAAGGAUACUUGGAACGGGGUCGUGUUAUUUAAUCAUUUAAAUCUAAACCUGUUGUCGUCUCGGAGAUACGCUCCUCGUCAGACAUCUAACUUUUGUAAGACAGUGAUUGUUGAGGAAAUCCAAACAUGUUAAAUUGAUAUUGCAUCACAGUUUCGGGUAGUCAUCCAAACGCGCGAUUUAAACUAACCAUGCCACAUUCUUACUACUAGAAAACGAUGGAAGUAACAGAUUCAAACGGAAUUCUAUAUUAGUUUUAAAUUAAAAAUGCAUUGUAAAAACAAUAUUUAAAUUAUAAAUACCAAUUUAUGAAAUUGUAAUUGUGAUACAUUUCUACAACACUUUAAUUUCUAAUUGUAUGUAUUCAAACAAAUGUCGUUAAUAAAAAUUAGCAGCAAUUGCAGUU